CUCCCUAUCCCUUCUCCGCGAGUUGAGUCUCGAGUCUCCUAUUUCUAGUCUUUAUGCUUUCGCCGAAAUUCAAGCUUUGAUUAAUCAGUCGCCGUCGGUGGUCGUUGGUGGCUGUAUUGGUUUGAAACGCUUUUUCCCGACUGCUCCAUUAUCAGAAGAAAGAUAUUGGAAGACAUGUACUUUCUAAAAUUUUAAUGUCACGACAUUCGGUAUAGGCGGAGAAGACGUCUCCUCGUCUCACUUUUUUUUCGACAAAAUCGACGAGUUACGUGACAGACAAUGGCAUCACUUAGAUUAUUUGUAGCAGGAGCGAGUGCCAUAGGUGCUGGUACUCUUACUUCACACUUUCUUUUGUCGGAUAAUACGGUACAUGCUGAAAAAGGAAAACCAAGACCGCCUCGAAGAACUUUACCAACACGAGAGAGUCAAGUAAAGACUUUAAAGUCGCAAGAGUACGAUGUAUUAAUAAUUGGGGGUGGUGCGACAGGGGCAGGAUGCGCUCUGGAUGCUUGCACGCGAGGUUUGAAGACUGCGCUGGUCGAAGCCGACGACUUCGCAUCUGGAACUUCUUCCCGAAGCACAAAGUUAAUUCACGGCGGUGUACGAUAUUUGCAAAAAGCCAUCAUGCAGUUAGACAUCGAGCAAUAUAGAAUGGUAAAAGAAGCACUUCACGAACGUGCGUCGAUGCUGCAGAGCGCACCGCAUUUGGCGCAUCCAUUACCUAUUAUGCUGCCAGUUUAUACAUGGUGGCAGAUUCCUUAUUAUUGGUUCGGCAUUAAGAUGUACGAUUUGGUAGCAGGUAGCAAAACAGUGAAGUCGUCGUACUAUCUGAGUAAAUCAAAUGCUUUGGAACUUUUUCCGAUGCUAAAAGGCGACAAACUGACGGGAGCUAUUGUCUAUUAUGACGGUCAGCAAGAUGAUGCUAGAAUGAAUUUGGCAAUCGCUCUGACAGCUUCAAGACACGGGGCGACAGUUGUAAAUCACGUUAAAGUGGUUAAUCUGCUCAAGGGUCUCGACAAGGAUGGCAAACGUGUCCUCGUCGGUGCUCACCUUAAAGACGAACUUACGGGAGAGGAAUGGGACGUAAAGGCUAAGGCGAUAAUCAACGCAACCGGCCCCUUUACCGAUCAUAUCAGAAAAAUGGACGAUCAAAACGUUGAAUCUAUCUGCGCUCCGUCUUCCGGAGUUCAUAUAGUGCUACCAGGAUAUUACAGUCCUGACCAGAUGGGCUUACUCGAUCCAGCGACGAGCGACGGUCGCGUAAUCUUUUUUUUGCCGUGGCAAAAGCAAACUAUCGCGGGAACUACCGAUCUACCGUGUGAAGUAACGCAUAAUCCUCGACCCACGGAAGACGAAAUCAUGUUCAUCUUGCAGGAAGUAAAAAAUUAUCUAAAUCCGGACGUCGAAGUACGCCGCGGGGACGUUCUCUCUGCCUGGAGCGGUAUCAGACCCCUUGUUUCCGAUCCGAACAAACCGAACACUCAAUCGCUUGCCAGAAAUCAUAUCGUGCACGUUAGUCCUACGAAUCUCGUCACAAUAGCAGGUGGUAAAUGGACGACUUAUCGAGCCAUGGCUCAAGAAACCAUUGACGCAACCAUAAAAGCUUGUGAUCUACAACCUGAAAGAUCAUGCCAGACCGAUGGUUUUCUUCUGGAAGGUGCACAGGGCUGGAGUCCUACAAUGUACAUUAGAUUAGUGCAGGACUUUGGUUUAGAAUGCGAAGUCGCGCAACAUUUAUCCAAGAGUUACGGAGAUCGUGCGUUUGCCGUAGCUAAAAUGGCUUCUUUGACAGGGAAACGAUGGCCGAUUAUUGGAAAAAAAAUUCAUCCGGAAUUCCCGUAUAUCGAUGCUGAGAUACGUUAUGGUGUACGAGAAUAUGCCAGAACCGCGAUCGAUAUGAUCGCGCGUCGAUUGAGACUCGCUUUCCUCAAUGUGCAAGCGGCUCAAGAGGCAUUGCCAGCCAUCAUAGACAUCAUGGCCGAAGAAUUGCAUUGGUCGACAGAGGAAAAGAAGAAGCAACAUCGUGAGGCCAGUGAAUUUCUCGCACAAGAAAUGGGUCAAAUGGUGAAUCGUGCUUCUCGCGACAAGAUUCCCAUCAAUCUCACCAAAGACGAGAUCCAGCUCUACAUUAAACGUUUUGGAAUUAUAGACAAGGACAAAAAAGGAUAUGUCUCUAUUAAUGAUAUUAGACGAGGAUUAAAGGUAUUAGGUAUAAGAAUGAACCAGGACGAGAUGCACAGCUUGUUGAAUGAAAUUGAUCUUACUUACAACGGUCAAAUGGAAUUACAAGACUAUUUGCAGAUGAUGUCGGCUAUAAAGUCUGGUCAUGUGGCAUACUCGCGUUUCGCACGGAUGGCUGAAAUGGAGGAAGCGCAACACGAAAAAGAAAUGCUCAAAAAGCAAAUAAGCGUUGAGAGAUCGGGUGGAGGACUAUGAAGAGAAACUCAUCCUCUUAUAUGCUGCAACGUUUUGAAAUAUUUUAAUUUUAUUUGAUUUGAAUGUGUUUCAUUAUUAUAUUGUACAUUUAUUAUAGAAUACCAGUACAUUGAAUCAGUGCAUCAACAUACGUGCAUUGGUACGUCGAAAUUGAAAAUCAAAUAACCCCUAGCAAAAUAAAACUAUAUGUGAAUAAUAAUUUAAAAAGAUAUUAAACUAUAGUUAUAUAACAGUUUCAUAUUCACGAUACUCGGACACUGAAAUUUUAUCGUAUUUUCUCUUUGCGCGCAUAUUUCGCGCGUACGUUUUUUUUUAGCGACAUGUAAAAUUAAAAUUACAUGUACACAUACGUACACACAUUGGUAACUAAACUUAUAUGUGUGCAUCUGCACACGUGUGUCAUACAUAUUUUAAGGAGAAUAUUUUAAAUUUAUCCAAGAAAAUUUCCUCAUUGCAGCCGCCAUGUAUUACUUGCAUUGCAUAUUAUGUACAAAUUACAGAGUAUUUGCAUUCUAAUUGUACAAUAUAUACAUGCUGAUGCGCCAUAAUGAAUACAAUUGCGUUCUAUUAUUGUAAUAAGAGUGUAUUCUAUGUAAGAUAGAAACUUUGUCACGCUAAAUUGUCAUACAUUUGUAAUAUUUAUAGUAUGUAUUUACAAUUGUACAUUAUGUAUUAUUUAAUUUAGAAUAAUUGCUCUCUUUUUCUCAUCGAUAUUUCUCUGAAUAGUGAAAUUGUGAAUAUAUAUGUUGUAAAAAAUAUCUCGAGCACGUUGAACAAAUGAAAUCUUGUCGUUCAAUUUUUGAAACUAAACUUAUAUAAUAGUGUAAAGUACUAUUGUAUCUCUCUCGUCAUUUACAUUAUACAUAUAUUAAAAUUGUACAAAUUAUGGAUAUAUGUUGCAAAAAAUUACUUAAUUUAUUAUCAUCGUAACUUGAUGCAAUUGAUAAUUGUACUGUUAUAAAUUAUUUCAUAACUGUCAACAUCAAUAAAGUUGAUGUCAAACAAAGGA